GCAGGCAAUGGCAACGGCAACGCAGAGAAAUGCCAAACGAAACCCGCUCAGAAGGAAUACAGCUUUGAGGAGGCCAUCACACUGACAGGUGUCGGCAGGUUUCACCUUAAGCUGCUGCUCAUCUGCGGCCUGUGCUUCAUGGCCGUCAUGGUCGAGAUUAUGGGCGUCAGUCUCAUAAUGCCGCUGGUCAAAUGCGAUCUGCAGUCGACGCUCGAACAGCAGGGAUUGCUCGCCUCAGCCGGUUUCCUUGGCGUUGUGCUCAGCUCACAUGCCAUGGGUUUUCUAGCCGAUACGUGGGGACGUGUUGCCACAUUGCGCUAUGCGAUGAUGUUCAGUGCCAUCAGUUCGAUUGUCUCCGCAUUCUCGGUUAACAUCUGGAUGCUAAUCGUUUGUCGCUUCCUCACCGGCUUCUUCAUCUCCGGUGGCCAGGCGUGUGUGUUUAGUCUGUGUGGCGAGUUCCAUGGCAGCAAAUCGCGAGUGCGUCACGUUACGUUGCUCUCCUGCUUCAUGUGCAUCGCCAUGAUGUUUGCACCAGCUGUGGCCAUUGGCAUCCUUCCGCUACAGCUGGACUUCUCGCUCUUUAGCAUGGCAUUCGGUUCGUGGCGUGUCUUUCUCAUUGCCGAUGUCUCCAUUACGCUAUUGGCGCUGUGCGGCCUUCACUUGCUGCCGGAGACACCAAAGUAUCAGCUGGUGCAAGGUCACCUGGCGGAGGCAUUGCAAACGAUGCGCUACAUUUACGCACAGAACUCGGGGCAAUCGGAGGCGGAUUUUCCCGUGGAACGCUUGGCUCAACAGAGCGGCGGAGCGAGUCUGUCGAGUGUGCAUGGUUUCUGGGAUGCAGUGCGUCUCAUUUGGCAUCAGACUGUGCCACUUUUCUAUAGGUCACGGAUAGCGCACACUUUGAACAUCUGCCUGAUGCAGUUCUUGAUCUAUGGCGUGGCGCAGGGCAUCUUCAUGUGGUUCCCAACCAUACUCAAUGAACUGGGCAAGGAGACGUCACAAGGAUCGCUGCUCUGCGCCGUUCUGCAGAGCUUUAGCACAGCUCCCGAUGCGCCAGUUGAUGGUGUCUGCAUUGUGAAUCCCGAUAUAAGCACCUACCAAGUGAUGAUCACAAUUGGCGCCGCUUUCACAGUGAUUUACCUCAUAUUUGCCUACACCAUCGAUUAUAUUGGCAAGCGCAAUCUGAUCAUUGUAUGGAUGAUAUUGACCAUGAUCUUUUUGAUAUUGUUGCACUUUAUCACAACGUCUGUCCUAGUGAUUAUAGGCCUGACGAUCGUCAUGGCUAUCGGCAACUGCGGCGGUUUGGUCAGCACCAUCGCAAUGGAAUUCUAUCCGACACAGAUCAAUGCGAUGGGCAUGUGCUUCAUCAUGAUGAUUGGACGCCUGGGCGCCGUGGUGGGCAGCAAUGUAAUUGGUCGUCUGUUGUUCAGCAGCUGUGACAUCACCUUCUGGACAUUGCUUGGAUUGGUGUUCCUGCUCAGCUGUAUGUCAUAUUUUCUACCCGAUCAGUCCCAAUCGAAGAUUCGGUUUCGGAUUAGUUCUAAGUAAACUGUAAUCUGUAGAUUCUAUUCUAAGUUGUGCCAGAAAUUGCAUUUUUUUUUUUUAUUUUUAUACAAUCUUAACUUAAGCCGCAAAGAAACUAAUUUAAAUCGAGAUAAAACAAACAAUUGACCUAGUUUACAAGGCGAUUUUAUUUAUGAUUAUAUAUGAUUAAAAAAUAGUUUUUAUAAAUAUUUCAGCAAGAAACAAGUAUAGCAUAUAAGUUAUU